GACUCGACUCCACUUUCGUUCAUACUUCCAACCAUUGUCUAUCCUUUUGAUAUCACUUCUCUCGAUAGAGUUCUUCAUUCCACCAGAGAUAUUGUCGAGAGCCUGAAACGCGCUCGUGAUUUCUGGUCCUCUCAAGUAGAGCUAUCACCACUUUGAUACCGCUUCCUCUCUUCUCUCGACCAUUACAAGUUGCAGUAUCGAAAGCAUGACUCGCCAUACCAUCAUAGCCGUCUUUCUGGACUGCCUCUUCGCGUUUCUGGUCAACGUUGCUGCCGUGCCUAUCACGCCCUCCGCCGCGGACGUCGAGCGUCUCGCAGAGCAGAUGAGAGCUGAAGGAGUGUCCGAGGUAGAAACUACUCUCCUGUCGUCGUGUCUGGCCUCAACCUCUUUCCUAUUACGUCUUGGGCGUCUGCUUCUUGUGUAACUUCCGUGCUUGUUCCGUCUCAGCCACCUCUCCCAUUCUUCAGGCUUCUUCAAGCUAUCCCAAAUGCUCCCAACCCGCCUGAGACACGCCCACGCAAUCCUCCAGCACAUACUUACCCCUCACAGCGCGACAUAGCCAGCCGCCUCUCCGCCUCCAAACUCUCCCC